UCUUUGGCUCAUUUAUAUCAUCGUUCGAAGCAGCCGUUUUACCGAACAAACAAUGGGUAGUCCUUCUAAAAGACUGGCAAUGUUUCUUUGUCUCAUUGUUCUUCAUCAAGACUUCAUACAGGCUCGUGCAAGUCACUAUGAACACCUUGAGGUGUCUCCUUCCUCAAAGUUUAGGCCCCGUCGUUUUUCCUUUGACAUUCUUGAGGAAGACAGUCAUGAAUUUGAUCAGUCCAUACAGAAAUUUGAAGCCCGACAUGGCAUUUCACUCAGAUCUGAUAUUGGACGACCACUUCAAAGGGGAAAACGGUUUUUUGGCCUUUUUGUGUUCAUUGUAAGCAUUGUUGUGACAGUCGCUGCUACAGCAGUGGAGACUAUCUACGACAUUGCUGGCUGUUGUGGACUUGGCUUUGACUAUCUCUGUAAUUAUGAGGCGAACUUUAAUAAAAAGAAGGCUGAUUUGAAAACACAAUCAGAGUUGGUCGAUCAAAGGCUUGAGAACGCUUUGAAAAAGCGAGAUGACUUGGAAUGCUUGUCCGAAGUUGUUAAAGCUACGUGGGGUAGUGUCAACGAAUUGAUCAAGCUUCAGGAAGAUUUAUUAGGGGACAUUGAUCCAAAUUUCAGAAAUACAUUGCUAAAAAGAGAAAAGAAAGUGCAGGAAACUCUUGAAGAGACUGAAGAAGAGCUCAAUGACAACGAUAUUUCAAACAUGUUUCUAAAGAUACCAAAAGAAGAACUAGCUCUUAAAAUGACACUGGGUUGGACAGCAGCUGCCGUUCCAGGAAUCGGAUUAAUCGGUAAUAAGGCCUACAAAUCCUACAAAAUAAACAAGAAUUUUGACAGAUUAGAUAUUCACUCGGCCAAUCACGUACCGAAUAUUACUAUCAGAUCAGACAUUGGAAGGCCACUUAACAGAGGAAAAAGGUUUUUCGGUCUGUUUAUAUUCAUCGUUAGUUUGGUGGUAACAGUUGUAGCCACUGUGGUAGAGACCGUCUACGACAUUGCAGGGUGCUGUGGUCUUUCGUUUAAAUAUCUUUGCGGAUUUGAAGCCAACUUUAACAGAAAAAGAGACAAUACCAGAAGACGAUCUGAGCAAGUCGAUAAAGAUCUUAAAAAAGCGCUGCAAAAGAAAGAUUUAUUGGAAGAAUUUGGCAAAGUUCUACAAAAAUUGUGGGGAGGCAUUAUUAACUUGGUGAAACUGGAGGAAAAACUACUUGGCUCAUUCGAUGCAACUCUUAAAAACAUUCUAAUUACAAAAGAAAAAGAAGUUAGAGAUAGCAUCACUGAGGCUCAAGACCAACUUGAUGAGUCAAACAUUGAAAUAUCGUUUCAAAAAAUGAGUGAAGCACAACUUGCAAUUUCAUUGUCCACAUCUUGGGUGGCUGUAGCCAUCGAAGGUGGUGCCGAAAUAGCUGGUAAGGCUUACAAGUCUUACAAGGUCAGGAAGGUUGCUGAUGCAGCGAAAUCAACGAAGAUGGAGAAACUUCUCCAAGCUUCCCCAAAAGCUAAAAAACUUCUUGGAUACACUGAUGACGUAGCCAAAGUGGCCCUAAAGAACACUGGCCUUGCAAAAUUUGCUAGUGGUGCAAAAAACUUUCUUAAAGGUCUGAAAUUCUUCAAGGCUGCCGGAGCAGUACUGUCUGUCCUAAGCAUCGCGUUUGAUUUGUUCAACAUCAUCAACACAUUCGCCCAGUGUGCAGGAAAAGAAAAAAAGGCCAAAGAAGCUUGCGGUAAGGUUGAAGAYGCCGAAAGGAAAGUAUCAGAAACAGAAAGAAAUGUGCGAGCGUUUGAAAGCACUUUAAAAAGUGGGCUGGAAGCUCAUAUAAUUGAACAGGUGAAAGAUAAACAGAUGCUUGAUGCCUUAGAACACGUAAAAGAAACGAUCGAAAAAAAUCCCCCGCCAAAUAAUGGACAGCCGGAUAGAUCAUGGGCAACAAAAUGCAUCAGAAUCAUCCCCGAAUACAGCAACAUCUUUAAAAGGAGUACAAAUUGGAAGGAUUUGAAAAACAAAAUGCAGGAAAUCAUUGAUGAUUGUUUAAGCAAACAAGAAUAUGCCUACAAGUGCUUGAUUUCCAGAAAUACGAUGAAUGAAAAAAUAAUGAAAGGCUGUCAAAGAGGAGACAAAACCUUCGAAAGGCUUUACGCCGAUGCGGAAAGACUUGAAGGCCCUACAAUAAACCAGUGCAAGGUUAAGGGUGAGCCUUACACAACAAAAGAGAUGUUCAAACAAGCAUUAGUAAAGCGAAGUCAGGAGAAAGGCAUGGAGUUCUACACUGAUAAUUGUCUAAUGAACAGCAAGAUAGUUCAAGAUGGGGUUUGUAGUGGAGGAUCCCCUUCAGGUCUCACGCCGGAACAAAAAGCACAAGUUCUACAAAAGUGCGAAGGAGGGAAGGCUCCUAAGCUUGAUGCUGAUGUUAUUUCUGACAUCUGCAUGUACAAGAGAGCUAAAUUGACUACCGUCCAAAUGAAGCCAUUCUUAACGCCAAAAAAACCGGAUAUCACAGAUGAAGACAUCGAUGGCGUACAAUGCCAAUGAGAAAAAUGAAAAACUUGUCAAAUAGUAAAAUAGAUGAACAAAGUGCAGUAUUUUAUUCCAAAGAGAAUCAUAAAUAAACUAAUGUAAUAAAUCAUUGAAAGCACAACGUCGUAUUAAAUGUGUUGUGAGUAUCGAA